GCGAAUAGACCAAUACAAAUAUGGAAGCACCUCUAUAGACUAGCUUAAUGUCUUUGACUUAUUUAAUCAUUAGGGGUCUCAUCAUUAAAUUGAACACAUUUGAUUGUGUGCUGCAAAACUCUAGCACAGAUUCCUCUACAAGAACAGUUAGCUACACGUGCAGCAUUAUUUAGAAGCAUAUAAAGAAAACUAAAUAGUGUCGCUAAAUGGUAGAGUUGCGUAGGGACAAAUGUGAUGUGUAGCGUGGCUGAGUAUAUUAAGUGAAGACUGUUUGUUCGUAGAACUACUUUGAGGGAAAAAAAACUAUGCGAUCAGGGCAGAAAACACGGAGAACUGCAGUCCAUGGUACAACCUAAAAUGACGAAGAUGGCGUUAGCUGUGUUGCCUUGUCUGCCUCGACACCGCUGCUGUGAGCAGCACACCCUCGAAAGACCCUUAGUAAAUCCACAUGCCAUAACAACCAAAGAAUAUUUGAAUAAUUAUGAUGAAUCACGAACGUGAGUGGAGGGGGGAGGGGGGGGGGAGGGACCAAUGAGAAAAAUGCUAAUGCCUUUCUUGUUACACCACUAGUGUUCACGACAGUAACGAAAUUCAUCAUUUAUCGGGGGUAUGCAGGCUGUAUCAGCGUGUUACUUGCACAACAGGAUUGGUUCAGCUUACAUUAAAUAGGAGCUGAGUUCCAUCUUGGGCGCAGAGCCGUCGUGUGGCAACCUGAUGAAAGGGUUUCACGAAGAGAGCUCAUCGCGUAUGGUGGAGGUUGGUACUAGACACAACGUCAGCGAGGGCUGAUGACGGCUGAUAUGCAGUAACACUGGAAUAUCGCAGUCUACCUGUGAACGUUUUUGGCGUGUCUGGCAAAAAUGGCACGAUGCACGUGCUCUCACGAACCUGGGAAGAGAGUUUAGUGCUCCCUUAUCACUUAUUUUCUAAGUCUCUUGGUGUGUGAGAGUGCGUUUGGUUCGUGUUUUUUGUACUUUUUCUAAUUCGGGAAGCAUGUGGAGAUGAUCGGGAAAUAUGACCAAUAACGGUGGAUCUUCAAGUCAUGCGUAAAGGGCUAUAAAAAGCACUGAGUCUUGUACAGAUGCACUUCUGUUUAUGUAUUUUUUAUUGGUUGUAUUCCCUGAUAUGAAUAUCGAUAUAUCUUUCCAUCCAAGAAGUAUUGAGAGAUACAUAUGUACGAUAAUAUUGUCUUUGUUAAAUCUUUUUAUUCGUUCUAAUUGAUACAUUAUUCAUAAACGUUAAUAUUUUUUCAAAAAAACAGAGAGGUGGGAGAACUAAUAAUUAGUGUGACAAAGGGAAGUCGAUAUGCCCUUUUUUUCUAUCUUCUUUUUCCCUUCUACUGUUUUAUGUUUUCGGACAACAUGCUUAUUUCCCCUUUUGAUGCGAGUUCUUGGUUAAGCUUCUCUAUGGGUAACCUUUAUUUAUUAUCUUGUUGUUCCUUUUCCAGUCGACACAAGAAACUUGCCCAAGCACCAUCUGCCUUACGCAUUUAAAAUAGUGUUUUUAUUCUAGUCUGUUAUUUAAAGUUUUUUUUUUGAAAAGGGAAUAAUACAUACUUCUUAACCCCUUUCCCUCUAUUUCAUUUUGCAGUUUUGUCAUUCUUUUCAUCCAUCCGUGAAACUCUUUUCCUUUUUGUUAGUUAGUGAAGAUUUGUUUGGUUGUUUUUAUUUUACCCUUACAUAUAGGCACAUUAAUCGUACAAGAUUCCCUUUAUUGAUGUAUGUAUGCACUUUGUGAUCGGCAGCUUUUAUUGUCUGAAUAAGGUUCCAGUUUUGGGCUUUUUUUAGUGGUACGGUUUAUGUGCUCAGUUUACAGAAACAAACAGCUUUUUAUCCUACAAUAGAAAGAACAAUUUCUAUUAUAUAAUUUGAAUUAAGGGAAAUUGUUAGAAAAAAACAUCGAUCACGCGCAAAUGAUAACUGAUUGCACUUCUCAAAAAGAUCAGUGCCGUAUUGUUUUACUCGGGGAUGAAAAGGUUGGCAAGACCUCUUUGAUAAGUCAGCUUAUUGAUGGCGUCUUUGUCGAGCAUCAUAUUCCGACUCUCUUGGACAGCAUUACCUAUCAAGACGACGUCGAUGGACAGACUUACACCGUUGAGGUCAUCGAUACAUCUUCCGACAGCGACUUCGCACUUCAUCGCUCGCCCUACAUUGAGAUGGCGGAUGUCAUUGUGUUUGUAUAUUCUGUUGUUAUUAAAGAUUCUCUGCUCAAUCUUAAGAAGCAUGUAGAUGAGGUUGUCAAGGUGCGGCGCAGUGGUCUGGAAAACUUCAUGAUGAAAUCGGGGUACGCUAAUGAGGCACAACAAAAUGGCACCAAAAGACCUUCCGUCUCUACUUCUCGAUAUCGCAAAGAAGUGCCAAUUUUUUUAGUAGGCACCCAUCUAGACUUAGUCUCUUCUUACCUCAAACAUACCGAUUCAGAUUCUUCAUGUGUUCCCGAGCGUGUAGAUCACGAGCUUGUAGAGCUUGUGUCGGAGCACUGCCUCAAGUCUGUGGGGUUUCCUAUUGGAUCACUCCCUAAUAACGAUGAGUCGAAUGGUAGGAAAAAGAAAAAUAACACAUUUCAGCGUAUGUUUAAGAAUAUCUUUAAAGCUCGAAAAGGAGUUGAAAAGACAAAGCCAAUCAAUGGUGUAAUGAAAGAAGCGUCACCGCUAUUCUCUAAUCAAGGGAACUCCAGUGAAUUCGCUAAUUUGUCGUUAUUGCCGUCCGACUUCUCGAAUUCUAACCUGAAUACAUUACUUCCAUCAGGGGCAUCGGACCGACUACCCAUAUUUGAACUCUCGGUCAAAAAUUCUGAACAGGUGUCACAGCUGUUUCUGUUGAUUUUGCGAUUUCAUAUUCUAGUCAAGGAUGCCCAGUUAGCCGGGUUGAGUACCCCUCUUCUUUCACCAAUGCUUGUUAGAUCAUUGUCGUCAUCAUCCUUCUCGAAGAGGUUGGAUAGUCCUUUAUCUGUACCUGUCUCUUUUUCCCAUGCUGAGGGAAGCAGCAAGAAAAUGUCGACUAUUGAAGAGAAGCCGCACUUCGCUGCACCUUUUCUAAAUGACGUUCGAAACACUCAGAAAGUAGCAAAUUCUGAAACCCCACUUCCCGCUGUUGACGAUUUGGAUGCUUACGCAACAGUACCGGUUGGUCUUCAGCAACAGGACUACACUCCCAAAAGUAGCGAUUCCUUACAUGAAUCUGUAGAGAGCCAAUCGACUACUAUUGUGCCGCAAUCGCAUGUUUUACCUUCAUCGCACAACCCUAUCAUGUUAGAUGACGAGGAAACGAGAAAGAACACCAAUGAAAAUCAUCCCUUUGAUUACACAUUCAAAUUAUCGCUUUUGGAGAAACCGGAAUCUGAGUUGGUGCCGCCCUCUCAACUUCAACCCCACACACCUGUGCCUUGUGGGCAUCCAAACAAUGAUGAUGUUUCCAUCAAUAACUUUCCUCUAGUGACUUAUUUUAGUGGUGGUCGGGAUAUUCAGGAAGACUGCAAGAGUUCUGAGGUCUGUUUUGCUCAUGCCGGAAAGCCUUUGAAGUCCCACUUGGGUGCUAGUGACACCACCAUAACCGGAGAUGAUGGGGCGUCAGUGCCCCUAGCAUUACCUUUGAGCUCCAGCACCGAAAACGUAUUGGUAACGAGCGGUAAUGACGGUAUUUCUACAAAACAUGCCGCAGAUAUCAUCGCUGAUACCAAAGGGAAUAUGGGUAAGAACAUAAACUCAACCGGCUUGUCCAAAGCAUUGCUUGCCCACAAUAAAAAUCUUAGUUCUUCUAGAGCAUCAAUAAUGGGCAAGAUACCUAACAUGCAGCGAGUGGAUAGGUCCAAGUCUGAACUUGUGCCUCGAGCCAAGCCGGAUUUUUACCGCCCAAAGAACACUACAAUUCAAAAGGGGGGGGUGGGCGCGACGAGGGGCCGCGGUCCAAACGCACCCGAAACGAAUCUGAGGCGGGCUGUCUCCAGCAAUGACGCCUGCUUGGUUGUAACGCCACCGGCGUCUCCGUAUAUGAAUCUGCAUCCAAAGGGCGGCGGCGGUUGUGUCCUUUCAAAGAUCAAUCUUGAAUCCCGCGAGCACAGCUUCACUCCUUCCUCCGCCACACUAACCGAUACAGGGAGGCAACUAUUAACGUGCUUUGGUAAUCCGUGUGAAACGCCCAACACUAGAUCCCCUAAUCUGCCAAAGGAUCGAGGAUAUUCCAUGGGCGAAAUCAUGCCCCCUUUAAACAUGCCUUACAUAGCCGAUGAUGAUCACGAAACGUUAACUUCACCAUGUGUGCGUGUCAAGGGUAGUGGCUCCACUGAAACGAGGCCACUCGAGGUCGCUUGUGCAGAUGAAGGAGAAAUCCCCGAAUUUGUGAAUUCUAAUAAGAAUCGCAGCACGUCAAUCACCAUGUGCGGUGAUGGAAAUUUCUCAAGCAUGGAGAUAUUGGUGAACCAAGUGACGAUCUCGACAAAAGAGCCUAAACAACCUGUGGAGAGAUCACUUAGCAAUGAUAUUUCUCAAGGAGGCACAAACGACGACGUUUUUCGAGGGUACCACCCUGCUUCAACCUAUGUGACCAGACCUUCUAUUAAGGCUAAAAAGGUGAACGCAGAACCGUGCUCCAGGAAUGCGUGCUUGAUGAUGUAG